AUGGCUCGUAUAUCAUUACACACUAUCCGUCAAGGACAACAUCUUCUACUUAGAGCAACCGAAAAGGCUUCAAUAGUCUCUAAGGUUGAUACAUCUCCAAUCCAGUGCACUAGAUUUUAUAGUCUUCCAUCUCUAUCGGAAGUCGACUCUACAACAACAAUAAUUACUUCUGGUCACCAGCUUUCAGAACAGGGAAGACAUUCUUCACUCUCUAUAAACACCAUGAACACAUACGCAGUAUCUUCUGAGCUCAGCCGCUAUUUAAAGAAACCAAUGUGCUCUCCAUCUUGGACACCAAAGCAAACACUGAGCGAGUGCACAAGCAUAUCAUCGGCCUCUUCUAUAUCCGACAGUUUAAAUUUACAUGAACAUAACCCACCUUUAAGAGCACCUUGUCUGCCACCAAUUAAAUUUGGCCAUCGAGACUCCCAAACAUAUGAAUGUCUUGAUAAAAACUUGGCUGAAAACCUUCGAUCACAUCUACCUAGCCGCAUUGCUACAUCAACACAAUGGGAUCUCUUGUACAGCCUUGAUCAACAUGGCGCAAGUCUAAAUACUUUCUAUAGCUGCCUCAAGGAUCAGGGACCAUGUCUAUUAAUUCUUGAAAACUCGGAAGAAGAGACCUUUGGGGCAUACAUAUCUGAACCUUUUCAAUCAGGCUCACUUUAUUAUGGAUCAGUAGAGGUCUACCCUUGGACAAUGGCGAAUAACUACCUUAUAUUCUCCAAUCAAAACUGUAUUGCACUCGGUGGAGGAAAUGGCCAGUUUGGACUGUGGAUUCAUUCUGACUUGAUGCAUGGGCACACAGAGUCAUGUGCUACAUUCGGAAAUCCGUCACUCGGCAACGACUCUAACUUUGAAUGCGUAGCCCUUGAGGUGUGGGGUUUCCGAUUCUGA